CGGGUCAUUUCUCUUCCUGUUUAAUACUGCUUCCUGUCCACGGUUCUUAGCGGUUUUGUGUGUUUAUGUCGAGAUGUCUACUGCACCCCGACCGUCGCGCCCCCCUCCGCCGAUUCCAAAACCAGGUCAAGUAAAGGUGGUCCGGGCACUCUACAGAUAUGACGCCCAACAGACGGAUGAGCUGACAUUUGAUGAAGGUGACAUGCUGUACAUUCUCGAUAUGACAGACCCGGAUUGGUGGAAAGCAAAGUGUGGCAACGUAGCUGGACUCAUUCCUAGUAACUAUGUUGAAGAAAAUACUGAAUCUAUUGAUCACCCACUUCACGAGGCUGCCAAGAGGGGAAACACGGACUUCAUGAGGGAAUGUAUCAACAACAGAGUUUCUGUGAAUGGUUUGGACAAGGCAGGGUCAACUCCGUUACACUGGGCGAGUCACGGAGGUCAUGUGAAAGCUCUCGAGAUCCUACUAGCUGUACCUAACUGUCAAGUCAAUGUACAGAAUAAGCUUGGAGACACUCCAUUACAUUCUGCAGCAUGGCGAAAUCACGAACAGUGUGUAAAAAUGUUACUUGAUAAAGGAGCCCAGGCGAACAUUAAGAACAAUGAUGGGAAAUUGCCAGUGGAUCUGACGAAAGACCCGGCAAUAGCAGCAGCGCUGAGAGAAGCAGUUGGAUCUCGGUCAUCAAGGUACACAGAGGAUUAUGGUGACGAAGAUGACUCUGACUAGACCCAGAGUAUUACAGGAUGGGCAUCGUCAUAACAACAGCUGCUGCAUCUGAUACAGCAGUCACUAAGCGGUGGAUUGUAGCUGGUGGCACUAAACAGUGAAAAGCUAUCAAUUCUCUUGAAUCAAAUGUUCAGUAUUAAAAACAAAAUAACAGCAUUUUUAUACAUUACAGAUUUUUUUAUGAUGUCACACCCAUGUAAUUUGUAUUUGUUGGCAUGACCUUAAAAUCUGAAGAGAUUGUUACAGACUUGAGUCAGGACUUUAAAAGUUUAGUAAAUAGGGGGCCAUGUCUCUUUAAGAGCAUUUUUAAAAUGGCACUAUACAUGUAGUUUUUGCUGGUUAGUCUUCUUUUUUUUAACUGAAUAUAGUGAUGUUUGAUAAAAACUGGUGGCCAUAUCUACUAAACACAGUGAUGUGUGAUAAAAAUAGGUGGCCAUAUCUACUAAACAGUGAUGUUUGAUAAAAAUAGGUGGCCAUAUCUACUAAACGCAGAGACUGUUACACAUGCAUGGCUGUAUGUUUGACAUAAGCGAGCGCUAUGUCUACUGAAUACAGAAACUUACGUGUCUGUAUGUUUGAUAGAAAUAAGCGAGCGCUAUGUCUACUGAAUACAGAAACUUACGUGUCU